AUAAGAGUCAUUCAUAAAACUCGCUUUGUCCAGUACUGGCCUCCUGUGAAAAGAACACAACUCUCCUUGAAACAGUAGGCAUUUUUACUCAAUAGAAUAUCAACUCGUGGAAAUAUCAGAUGGUAAACAUGAUGUGAAAAUUGGGCAGCCGUCUCUCGCUCACGCGUGGACGGUGGCCUUAAUAAAUCCAGUCACAAUGUUUAAAAAGGUUUUUAUAACUGUGUUCAUCUCAUUUUUUACGGUGUGGUAUAAAUUCGCUGAAGGCAGRUGCUUUGACCCUAACCAUAUAGAGGUCUGCAAUGACGUUGGAACCAAAUGUUCCUGCCGACCAUGYCUCAGCUGCCCYCCAGGAUUUGGYCAGAAUUACGAAUGUGGAGGGAGAUCCAUUAAGACAUCGCAGAAGUUGAAGUGUGUGCAUUGUGURGUAGGGACAACAUACAGUGAUACAAACAGUUCAGCCAUGUGCCGUCCCUGCCCACAAUGCCAUGGCCAUGUAAUGCUUAGACCCUGUACAAGUGUUACGCCAACUAAGUGCAGUCCUGAUAUUUGUGAUGAGGGGUUCGUGUGGAAUGAUGUCGUUGAGAUAUGUGAACCUGGUCAAGCGCCCAUUACUACACCUACGCCAGCUACUACUACUACAACAGCCACACCAGUAUCAACACCAUCUACACAUUCUCCUACAAGCCAAGCUGUCACUCAAAGAGCCAACCCAUCACGCAAAACAAGCCCACAGAAAACAGCUUCAACCAACCAACCAAAUGAUGAGUCUGUACUGUCUUCCAAUUCCAAGUCAUCUACAGAGCACAAAGAGAAGAUCGAUAUGAUUUGGAUUGUUGUCUUGGUCAUAGGGAUAGUGCUGGUUUUGGCAGCCAUCUCAACCGGUGUCUACUGCAGCUGGAAAAAAAGUAAAAAAUGCAAAAGGUGUAUGAACUUUUGUAAAUCAGUGGAAGAGGGUGAAAAAGAAGAGAAAAUUGCACUCAACAAUAUGCGGGAUUCUCCUCCAGUGCAGCGUAAUGAUGCCAAUGCCCAACCUGUACCAGUCCUAGAAGAGACUUGGCCAAGUGGAUACCUGUUGAAAGCUGUACCUUACAACCUACAGGAACAAAUUAUAAUUGCCAUCUCAAACGUAAAUCCACCACUCCAAGUGGGCUGGAAGGAGAUUGGUCAGGAACUGGGACUUGACAGGCAAGCAUUGGAUGGAAUUGAAAGUUUCGCGAGCCAUUUAAGAGGCUCACAAUUGCUUGAGGUGUUGGGAACUCGAAAGCCAACUCUCACUUUAACUGACUUUGUUAAAGCUGUCAUCAAGGUUAAAAGGAAUGACCUUGUUGAGAGUAUAAAGCAGUUUUUUCUUCAAAAUAAUGCCAUAGGAAAUGACUGAAUUGCAUGCAAAUAGUGACAAUGCAAUAGGACAAAAUCCCAUGGAUCAAUAAAGAGUCCAAUGCGAGCCUUAAUUCACAGUUAAAAGCACAGUCCAAUGAGGAUGCCUGCAUGGGUCAUGAUGAAAAUCAAACAUUUGUAGAGUAAACAUAUUAUCUAUUGUAUCUAAAAUUAUAUUUGUAACAUUAAAAUGUUAUUGAAAUGUUUUAUCCUCACACUUGCAUCUAUAUUGGGCAGUGCUUUGAACUGUGAAUAAGGCUUCUUAGAGAUACAAUUGAUACUUUGUGCAAGAGAUUACCUUGGUAUUUCAUUUAACUUUGUAUAAUAUAUUAUUCUUGCAUAUACUGAAUAUAAUGUAUGGUUAAAUUAGCAUAAUUAUUGCAUCUAUUGUAGACUUGGGUGCAUGCAUGCGCAUCCCAAUAACAAUCAGCAUGUGCCUGGAUAUAAUUUCAAUUUUUAUGCAUUUUUUAGCAUGAAUUGGUAAAAUUUGGUUGACCUAUAUUUGGAUUAUUAAUACAUCCCCAAAAGCAUUUAAAAAUAUUUAACUGUAUAUAAUAUGACUUCAUGGCUAAUGCCAGUCGUCAAUAAUGUUGUUCACUCAUAGUACCCUAUUGUUAUGAGUACCUUAGAGUUGGGAGUGAAAUUUUGACAAUAUAUUCAGAAAGUCAUGCAUUUAAUUCAAUUUUGGGCUUGGUUGUUCAAAAAUUAAUAAGUGCUAAUCCUAGCUUUGCUCUUAAAAAUAUAGUUAUAAGAAGUUAACCCUUGAUUAACGCUAUAAUCAGGCUUUGAACAACUGAGCCCAGGAGCGUUGAGUGAAAGUCAGUCUUUUAGAAGUCAGAUUUCUACUUCUUGGUUACAAAUUAAUGCUCUAUAAUUAUUUAUAAUAAUUGAUUGAAAUUAGAAGUAAUUUAGGAAUAAUUAGUGGCACUUAAGUAGAAUCUCUGCACAGUUAUUAUUGUGUCAUUAAGUUUCAAUUUGUAAAUAUCUGUAAAUAGACCCCUUUUUAACUGUGAUGUUACCCACAAUCCACCCUUAUAUGUCUUAUGCUCUUGAUUUUUGGAGAACCUUUGAACAACAGCUGUAUUUAUGCUUAUAUGUGGCAUUUUUAGAUUUAGCAGAGCAAAAGUCUUUAUUAGAGGCAUUUGUAUUAGUUAGUUUUAUAUAAGAUUGUAAAUAAAUGAGUGUUAUAUAGAUUGUGAAA